CGUUUAUCCAUGAGCCUCUAUCCCGUGACGGUCAUGAGGGUGUUCUGCCCCUCUCUGUUCUCCGGCAAACCGAGGAGGGAAGAAACACAGAGCUAAGGAACAGGUCAUUUUUGAGAAGGCAUCCCGACCGACGAGAGGAGCUGCUCCCUGAAAUCGAAUUAUCCAAUUUGCUUAAUGCCGCGUAAUUGUUCAGACGGAAUGCCUCGUGGAGACUUCAACAUUUAUUUUUCCAGCAGCAGGGGAGGAUUUGUCAGAGCUGAGGAGGCAGUGGGUAUAGUUCUGCUGGUGGUCAUCCUGGCAGCUCUCCUCAUCAUGGGCUGCUGGUACUUCAAGAAGAGGAGUGGCUACAAGAUAAUCAGGAGCCCUAGAUUGGGGUCUCCACGUCAGACAGAAGUCAAUUUCUCAGAGGCAGGAACUUCAGCAGAUAACAAGAUGGCUCUAACUGAUUUUGGUAGCUUCAAAUUAGCGCUUCCUAAUGCUCCUCCAGCCUACGAAAAGAUGUCUACAGGGCCAAUGCCCCCUCCCUAUUCCCCCUAAAAGGACUUCUAGAAGAUGGAAAGAUGUCUGAAGAAGAAAGGAAAAUACUGGACAACAAACUCUAAACUUCAUCCGUAGUCUGAUAGUAUGUCAUUUUAUGUCACUCGAGUGCCUUAUACCUUGUAGCUUAAUGUACCAUUAUGUGAAACAAUCCUAUUCCUCACUUUGUACAAUUAUUCCCAUGAACAAACACAAUGUACUGUAUAUACUGUAGGUUGAUUCAUUAAAUAAAUAAAUAUAGGAUUCCACAAGUCUGUCUAUAAUGAAGCAGCUCAAACACACUUGCUGGGGACAGUUGCAUUGUUUAUUCCCAUGCAGAAACGUCCACAUUUGUUCAAUGAAAAUGUACCUACUAGUAAAUAUUUGUUUAAAAAUCUAUGUGGUAAAAAUAAAUAACUGUGAAUUUAAAA